AUAAUUCACAUGAAACCAGUGAAACAACCACCCCUUGGAUAAACAAUCUCCAACCACAUUCCAAAGCAGCAAAACACAGGAGAAGGAAACGAGAUAAUAUUGUUUUCCUUUUUCUCAGAGGCUUCUCAGCUUCCCAGGAGAGAAAUCCUGGGCAAGAGGAUUUCUCCAGGAAACAUGAGGUGACACUGUACCCUUCUGCCUUGCCUGCAGGGUGCUCAGCCCCCGGGAGCCCCGAGGCUCAGCAACACCAGAGAUCUGGGAGGGCUGGUCCCAAAGGUGCAUUUGGGGAGCCUUGCCCCCGCUCUGUUCCCUCACCUUCCUAGGAAAGCCAGCGGCUCUGGCGCUGCACCGCAGCCUUUCCCAGCCCGCAGCCGCAGGGAAGCGAAGCAGAAGUGGCUCGGGUGGCUCCAAGCUGCUCAGGAAGUCACGCUGGGAGCGAGGGCUGUGCCCGGGAGCGGCUCGAGGGGUCUGCCCAGCCCCGGGCGCGGGCACCCAGCCCGGGCAGCCGGACAUAGCUGGAGCACGGCUGAACACGGCUGGAACACGGCUGGAACACAGCUAGAGCACAGCUGGAACACGGCUAGAGUACGGCUGGACACAGCUGGAGCACAGCUGGACACAGCUGGAGCACAGCUGGAACACAGCUGGAGCACGGCUGAACACAGCUGGAGCACAGCUGGAGCUCCGGCGCAGCGCGGCAGCAGCGGGGCCGGACGGGCUGGGCCGAGCGCUCGGAGCCCUUGGCAGCUCCGCUCAGGGGUUUGGCCACAGCUGGAGGAAGGAGCGAGCAAGGAAGCGAUCGGGGUGAGCCACGGGUGAGUCACGGCACAACGGCACCGAGCUGCUGCCCUGCGGGGCCGGGGCACUGCGGCUCCGCGGCACGGGCAGUUUUUAGGUUGUUCACCAUGAGUGUGGCUGUGCUCCUGCUCCUGGGGCUGGGGCUGCAGGUGGCAGAGGGCAGGAGGAACAGAUGUUUCUUCAACCGCACUCAGGAGUUCUGUGAAUGCUACAACCUGUCCGAGGAGACUGCUGGCAGCAUCAUCCAGUGCCUCCCAGCAACCACCGUGGAGUUCUGGGGUGGAGACCUGGAGAAAUACGCAGCCUUGCCCAUCAGGGACCUGGACGACUCCGUCAUUGACACUCUGGGCUCCCUUAUCAUCCAGAAAAUAAUAAUUGGAAAUGUCCUGGUGCCUGAGAUGCUCCUUGCCCGUGUGCUGAGGUUCUUCUCCUACACCCACGUGCAGGAGCUGGCCUUUGAGAGCUGCAUUUUCCAGGGCACAGGCGACUGGAGUGACAUGGAUGGGCAGAACUUGCCCAUCCUGUCCCUGAGCUUCCACAACGUGACCUCAGCCCCGCUGACGGGCCGUGAGCAGGCCUUCUCCAGCCUGAGCAGGUGGCUGGAGAGCCUGCAGGAGCUGGCUGUCACCGGCUCCGGUGUCACCAGCCUGCCCUGUGCCGUGGGGAGGCUGUUCAGAGCCCUGCGCUCCCUGAGCCUGGCACACAACAGCCUCGGGGACGGGAGCCUGAGCCCCGCCUUCUGCCAGGGAGCCUUCCCUCAGCUCCAGCAGCUGAGUCUGCGCCACAACAACCUGAGCUCCUACCACGGCGUGUGCCAGGGCCUGGGGCUGCUGACGGAGCUCCAGCACCUGGAUCUCAGCCACAACGAGCUCGUGGCAGGCCCAUCCUCCUCCUGCCGGUGGCCACCAUCCCUCCGGCACUUCAACCUGUCCAGCACGGGCCUGGAUGAAGUGCCAGCACCGCUGCCUCCCCGCCUCGAGGUGCUGGACAUGAGCCACAACCACCUCCACGCUGUGGACAUCUCCCUCAGCUCCAUGAAGAAGCUCUUCCUGAAUCAAAACCUGCUGCAGGCCGUGCCCUCGGUCAGGAAUUACCCCGUGCUGGACACCCUCCACCUGGACAACAACUCCAUCUGGGAGCUGCCCAGGGACGAGGUGAAGCUGCUGGGGCGCCUGCAGGACGUGGCUGUGGCUGGCAACCCCUUCAGCUGCUCCUGCUCGGGGGCCAGGGGGCUGCAGGCGCUGGCAGCCACGGGGCACCUGGGGCAGGGCUGGCCCGGGGGCUACAGGUGCCACUCCCCGGCGCGGUACCGGGGCUGGCAGGUGGCACAGGUGCCCGUGUCCGUGCUGCGCUGUGACCUCGCCGCCGUGGUGGCCCCGCUCUGCGUGGCCCUGGCCCUGCUGGCUGUGGCUGGGGCCGUGUGCCUGGCCAGGAGCAGAGAGUGCCACAGAGCCUGAGGGGCACUGGCGCCCUGCCCUGGCAGGCUCUCGGCUCCCCGUGCUGCUGAGGGGCUCUCGCUGUGCCCAGAGGGGCUCCCUGCUGGAGCAGGGCUCUCCACAGGGUUUUCCUGCUGUGCCUGUGCCAUAGCAGUGAGCCCUGGAUGGGGAAUAAUGAGCAUUGAUUGACUCCAUGAUUGCAGAAGGCUGAUCAAUCACUUUAUUCUACCAUAUUGUACUGUACUAAUAAGAAAAAACCCAUCGCCCUUGCAGUCACAUAUACCUUUGACCUAAUUGGUCAAUUAAUCCAAACAUCAUCACCAGUGGCCAAUUAAAAAAUCAUCCUUUGGUAAAACAAUCUCCAUAGCACAUUCCACACGUGCGCAACAACAGGUGCAGCAAGUGGAGAUAAGAGUUGUUUCUCAUUCUUCUCUCUGAGUUUUCCCAGGAACAUCCUGGAAGAGCUAUGUCUGUCUCUGCUCAGAGGAUGUGUGAUUUCCACAGGACUGUGCCCAGCCGGGCCCUGGGCACCCCUCACCUCCAGCCCCAUGCCCUGCUCUGACCCACAGCCACAGCCUCCCACUGGGGAUGUCCCUGCUGGUCCCCAAGCCCCAGCACGCCCCGCUGUCCCUGCCAUGUCACCUCCCUGGACAGGAGGAGCUCAGCUCCCACUGGCAGCACUCGGAUGUCCCCAGCCUUGCAGGGCUCUGCUGGUCCCUGCCCAGAGCCCCCCACACCUUUCAGCCUCUGCAGUCCAGGCACCCUUGGAGCCUCCACGGAUGAUCCUCCCUCUCCUCACCCCAGACUCUGGCUGGGCCAGGAUGUCAGGGCUGGCAGGAUGCUGCUUGGCUGCUCUUCAGCCUAAGAGAAAAACCAAAAACCCCUGAAAACCAGGAAAAUGCCUAAAUUAAACACCCUGCACACAAGUGCUAACGAGCUAGAGCAGCUCCUUGCACCCGGACCUGAGGCACUUGUGGUGGGGUCCAAGUGGGACCCUGGGGAGGUUCAACCAGAAACUUUUUAAGUGAUAAGAAGAAAAUUCAUUUGUUCUGGGUUAUUCAGAGAAUAUAUCACAGUAAGGAGAAAAUGGAUUAUAUGAUGCAGGACUGGGGAAUAUUCAAAGGAAAGGGGACGGUGGGGAAGGGACAGGCUUGGGAAAAUGGGGCUGGGGGAGAAUCAUAGAAUCACAGGGCAGUUUCAGUGAAAGGGACCUUAAAGCUCAUCUCAUCCCACCCCUGCCCUGGGCAGGGACACCUCUCACCAUCCCAGGGUGCUCCAAGCCCUGUCCAGCCUGGCCUUGGGCACUGCCAGGGAUCCAGGGGCAGCCACAGCUGCUGUGGGCACCCUGUGCCAGGACCUCAGCACCCUCCCAAGGAAGAAUUUCUCUCCAACAUCCCAUCUGCCCCCGCCUCUGGCAGUGUGAAGCCAUUCCCCCUGUCCUGUCACUGUGUCCUUGUGACAAGCAGGGGCUGGUGGCAGGCAGGCAGUGCUCCCCUGGCCAAGCCCUGC